GUGGGUGUGACCCCGGGCCCGGGCCCGGCAGCAGGAGCGGCAGCUGCUGGAGCGGGUCAUGUUGUUGUGACACGCGCAGAUGGUGUGUCCGAGGCCGCUUCAAGGCAACCUCUCGCCGCCACUCGCCAUGUCCGAGAGGAGAAGCACUGGCCAACCAAAGGGGACCACAUUAUCGGCUGAAGUUGAGCCAUUCGUGCCAAAACAAAGGUUGACAGAAGUGGGAGUCCAGUGGCCUGAACCUUCCUCAUCUGUCACAGUGCCUGGUUACUUGAUGACUUGCUAUCCAUUUGUUCAAGAACCCCAUGUAAUACAUAAGCAGCAUUUAUGCAAACAAAGUGAUUCCUGCAGAAAUGCUUUCCAAACAUCCUAUCCAUCGGCAGAUUAUUCAGUGCAUUACUCCCGUGAACAAUUGACUUCGGAUUCUUCUUUGAAACCAUACACACAAAUAUCCGCACAAUGUGAUCCCACGCACGCUUCAAAGCACAAGUACAGUGGCAGUACCCGAGGCAGUCAGCAGAAGCAGGUUUGCCAACCAGACACCUGUUUGCCUGUUCAGGUGGAUGUUAAAGAGAAGGAGAGACCUUGUUCAAGCCCAUCAUCUUCUAAGGAGGCAAGGUCCAAAAAAGAGUUAAGAAUCCAGGAGCAAAACAUUCAAAGUGUGCGUGAAGUCACAGAAGCUGCUACAGGUGAACGUCUGCAAAGGACUGCUCUGUUUAGAGAAAAUACAACCAAAUCUGAAAAAAAUCAGUACAACAGCCCUCAGCACAGCAAAUCCAAGCUACUUCGGAAAAUUCAAAAUAUAUCUGAGCCCAAGACUUCUGACACAUUUGACGUUGCAUUAAGUGAUUUUCCCUUGCUACAGAGCACAGUAAGAUGUGAUAUUACGCAAUGUAACUAUGACCUCAAAGAUUCUCAGGUAUCUACCCUGCCUUCCAGUGAAGGCUCCCAGCACACUUCCAAACUAUGGUGCACAGAUAAUACUACAAGCACGGGUGAGGAAUUGGGAAAAGCCCAGCGAUAUGUAUUUUCCAAUAUUCAAAAGGAAUGCUCGGUCUCUGCCCUCGCUACUAUUACAGAAACAUCAAAGGCUCAGUCUACGGUGGCUGCGACUCCACCUACAUCAUCGUGGGCGAGCAUUGUUUCACAAACACCAAGGAGACCAGUUACCAGUUCAGCUUCACCAAAGGCACAUGCACGUAACAUUGCUAAGAGUGAAGUUGGUGAACAAUCGAAAACAUCGGGAAAAAUGAAAAAGAAGAAAAAGAAAUCCAACAUUUUGGAUGCUGUUCCAAAACCUGAGGAAACCAAGAUCACUGUGCAAGAACUACCUCGAUUUGAGGAUGAUGAAGAAUUUCCAGAUCUAGCAUCAGCAAAAAGCAAUUCAGACAAAGCCAGCAAUCCUGGACAAAAUAAAAUCCUUUACUACAAUCAGGUUACCAGGAGUCAAUUAGAGUCUUCAAUGAAUGGCACUUUAAGUGUGACAGAGUCCUCCUCUACAGCUCCCGACGUAGAUCAGAAACCAGUCCAAAUUCUGAGAAAAGAAUCUGCUGGAGUUAAAGUGCCCCGCAGUGCACAGAAGAAAUCUAUGGAAGCCCCGAAGAAAAGCAGUAAAAAGAGUGAAAUACCAGUGACGCUGGAUUUUGGUAACAUGCUGGCUGUGUUAGAACAAAGGCAGCAGGAAAAGACGACCAAACAGACCCCUAAGCCCAUAGUGUUCACAGUUGGUGGUGCACUGGUUCCCAAAGAUUCCACAACAUCGAAGAGGCAACCUCAACACUUGAACCGGGAUAAGAUGCCUCAUAAUCCCUUGGACUCUAGUGCUCCUUUAGUUAAACGUGGAAAACAAAGAGAAAUCCCAAAGGCUAAGAAACCAACACCACUCAAAAAGAUUAUUCUGAAGGAAAGAGAAGAAAGAAAGCAACGCCGCUUACUCGAAGAGAAGGGAUUGAUCCCACCGUGUUGCAGUAUUGCACCUCAUCAAGAGCUGGAUUCGGAGGAGAAUACGAAUACAGACACAGAAAACAUAAAAGCCGAAUUAAACGAUUCUACAGAAGAUUUGGUCAAUUUCACAUCGUCGCCAUCUGAAGAAAAUUUACAAUCCAUUUCUGAUACGCAAAAGACUUCUGAAGAAACCAAUACAGCAGAUGUUCUGGUGAAUCCCAAUCGUCCCAAGAUUCACAGUAGACGAUUCAGAGAAUAUUGCAGCCAGGUUCUUAGUAAAGAUGUUGAUAGCUGUGUAACAGACCUUCUGAAAGAACUUGUCCGUUUUCAAGAUCGCUUGUACCAAAAAGAUCCAAUCAAAGCUAAGAAAAAACGUAGGAUUGUUAUGGGACUGAGAGAAGUUUUGAAACACCUGAAGCUGAAGAGGCUAAAAUGCAUCAUCAUCUCGCCCAACUGUGAAAAAAUACAGUCCAGAGGUGGCUUGGAUGAUGCACUGCAUAAUAUCAUCAGCAUUGCUUGUGAACAAGAGAUUCCAUUUGUAUUUGCUCUCAAUCGCAAAGCUCUGGGCCAAUGUGUGAAUAAACCAGUUCCUGUUAGUGUGCUUGGAAUCUUCAGUUACGAUGGGGCUGAGAACCAGUUUCAUCAAAUGGUGGAGAUCACUGAAGAAGCCAGAAAAGCCUAUCAGGAAAUGCUGGACGCUCUGCAACAGGAACUUGAGGCAGAUGAAGAAAAGGGAGAUUCAGAGGAACAGCCAUUAAUUUCAUCUGAGAGCAGCACUAUUCAUUUCAACAACGUGACCUCUCAACCUUUCUCUGAAGCUGAUGAACCUGAAUAUGUCACUACAUGGAGAAACCUGCUCAAGAAUCAGUGUGAUCCAAGUCUUUGAGCUGCUGAGAACAAACACCUUCAUAGCCUCUCUACCAUGGCUCUGAAGAGGACGCUAGUAACUCUUUACAGUUUUUCAGGAAAUAUCAAAGUUUUGAAUGUAGUUUCUAGUCACACUGGAACAUGUCAUAUGGCUGUCACCUAUCCAAAGCAGAAUUUGGGUAAUUUGUGCAGUGAAUAGUAAUUAAAAUUUAUCCUUAACAAAAACUCCAUCCAGGUUAUUGUCUGAGUGAAAGUAAACUUAAUUUAGCUGCACCUCAUUUUGACAAAAUUCUGAUUUAUUGGCUUUAAGGUCUGUUUAAUUAAGCAGUAGUGAAAGUAUGUGCAAGGAGUGAGGAUUGGCUGGACACAAAGCUUGAGAAUGGUGGGUGACUGAAAAUUGAUUCAGUGUCCCCAAGACCAUAGUCUGGCAUUUCCUGUGUAUUUGUUUCCCCUGUUUUCUGGAAUCCCUUGAUCACUUUACUAUAUGUCCUGCCCCAGCAUGAUGGUUUCUUCAGGUGAAAUCCCUGCCUGUACAUUGCUAUCAGGUGAGAAAUUCCAAGCGUAUUCAUUUUAAUGCCACUUUUGCUCAAGUCUAAAUUAAAUAAUCAAUUUACAUCAAUGUCAUCCUUUCCACUCAGAAUUUGGUUCAGCAUUCUCUUGUAAGAACAAGUUAAAUUGCAGAAAUCUGCCUCCAUAACUGAGCGGGUUAAGUACUGGAAUCAUCAUUGUUGCUUUUUCCUGAACCUUUCUGAAGCUUUAAUUUCUUUUUUGAAGGUUGAGUGCCCAAAAUAUUCCAAAUGCAGCUAUUCCGGUAACCUAUAUGAAAUUAUAACUUAUUUGUCAAAUAUCCUUGAAAUAUUUCCUAGUACUGUACAUGUUCUGGCAGCCUCACAUUGACUGGAUACUUCUAGUGAAAGAUCAAUGAAUGCUCCCAAGUCCUUUUUCUACUUUGCUGAUGGACAUCCCUUCAAGUACACAUUUUAUAUUUUCUUUUCAGUGGUCAUUGAAAUCCUGAUCUUGAUUAAUUUCAUUGUAUUAUACCAAAUUUCUCACAUUAACCUCUUGUUAUUGGCACAUUUUAUUCUCAAAAGUGCCUUCUUCCAAAUAAUUUGUCCUGUAAAAAAAACUAAUAACCAAUCAGUUCCUGCAGGACUAUUACUUACUCAUUACCCUCAAAACAAUAUUUUUCCUGUUUUUCAUUUCCUUUCUAUUGUUAAACUAGUUUUCAAUUCAACCGGCUAAUGAGCCACUUGAAUGCCACUUGAAAAUCCUGCGUAAAUUAUAUUAAUGGGUUACACUCGACUUGUGAUCUGUAAAGCCAGGUUAGGUUUGCAUUCCAAACAUUCUACUUUGGUGGUUUUCCCUCAGUCCUCUGUUGGUAGCAUUCUCAGGGUGUGGGUUCAUGCCCCACAUGAGGACUUUGAGCUCACAGUCAAGGCUGACUGGGUAGCAGUGCUGGGUAGCCCUGUGUUGUCAGAGGUGCCAUGACAAUAUUUGAAAAGAGAAGGGAGUUU